CAUACGCAGACGCCACAUGGUCGCAGAUGCGCCAUACCUUUAAUUUUUCUUCUUUUUCCUUUCCUUGGCAACAUGGUAGAGUAAUAUUCCAUCAUCCCCUCUCCUCCCAAGAUUUGAGGCAAUUACUUAUAGAGCUGAUUUCCUUCAGCAGAUGAGAUAGUUUCCCACUUCAAUUUUCACCAGAAAACAGCAGCCUGUUGAUGUUUGCAGCGUCGAUGGCUUCUCUAGGCUGGUAAAGACGGCAAGUUCUCGUUGAUCAACAGCAAAGAGUGGAGCUUAAGUUCAUGUUUUGAUCUGUGCUCUCUGAGUUUUAAGAGUCAAUAAUGAAGCAAGCAACACAAAAAUCAUGAGAGAUUUUCGGUCAAAGAACGAAGGCGAGAACGAGUACAACAAGUUCCCCAAGAUUAACACUACAUCCACGUCAAGGCCGCAGUGGUCGAGAUUUAGGAAUCCAAGAAUCUUUCGCGUUUCAAGUGCCUCCGGAGGCAAAGACAGGCAUAGCAAAGUCUACACUCUGAGGGGACUUAGAGACCGGCGAAUUAGGCUAUCGGUCCCAACUGCACUUCAGUUAUAUGACCUCCAAGAAAAGCUUGGACUCAACCAGCCCAGUAAAGUUGUAGACUGGUUGCUCGACGCCACUAAGCACGAUAUCGACAAGCUUCCGCCUCUACCGGUCAUACCUGCUGUAAAUUUUGCACAAUCCCACCAACCAACAGCACUAACAUUUCAUCAUGAUCAAUCAGCGGCUAAGGAAUUAGUGAUGAAGAUGAAUGUUGAGAGGGGGAAAAACAAGUGGAUUGCACAAGAAAAUGAAGAGGGUUUUGGGGGAUUUAUGGCUCAACUUUCAGCACAUAACUUCUUCCCAUUGAGCAAUCACUCCACUCUACCAACCAUGCCUUAUAACUCCAGUGAUUUGAACUGGGAUUCUGCUCAAAACUUGUCUUUAUCACAAUUCGGAGGAGGGUUUUCAUUCUCAGCUCAAACACAAGAAAACUCACACAGUGAAAGCAAUCUUUCGUCCGUUCUCCCUUCGAGUUCUCAGCUGUUUUUUCCCUCCGUUUUUCCUCCCUUUUCUUCAUACAUCGGUACGCCAUCCGUGGAGAAUGAUUGCCACUUUAGGCACCUUCAUCACCUGCAGAAUGUGCAGCAAAACUCACCGAUGCCGACCUCAACCCUUCGUUUUAUCACUUCCCCCAUGAAAUCUUUCAGCUUAAAUGCUGAUGACAAGAGCGUUAGCUCACAGGAAAACGGUACCAGAAAAGACAGAAGAAAUUCUUGAAGGGCGAUCACUCAACAAGUGAUCUAUUUCUUGCAUUCCAUGAAAGAUCGAUCAAGUUCGAGAAGUCAAACAUAUAUGGUCUAGAGUAAGGAUUCUUGAGUGUCCAUAUACAUACAAAUUACCAUUACAUAUGCUAUAUAUAGCUUUAAUUUUUGAAAUACACUGGAAUGUAUGUGAUUAAUUAUU